AUGCCUGGCAUGCCACCAGCUCCAACAACAGUCCCCAGCGGCAUGCCUAUAGAUCCUGCAGUUGGAGACACUACCAUAUCGCUGAAUGAUCAACCGCUGCCGACGCACUUGCAAAAGCUGCUAACAGAUACGUACUUCGUCUGCGUCUUCAAUUCGUCGCUCAUCUUUCACCGACCAACUUUUGAACGGGAGUGGGCCGAGGGACGUUUGCCACAGCAUUCACUAUUGGCGACAUGUGCUUUUGCAACAAACUUUCUUGCGCCUGGUACUGCCCUGGGUCGCCAGCAUGCGGCCGAACUAAGAUCUCUGGGCGAUCUCAAAGAGGCUGGCAUGCAGUGGGCUCUGCGGGCUGGCCGUGAAGCCUUGAUAACUAUUGACCAGCCGACCUUAGCAGGCGCCCAAACAUGCCAAGUCCUUGCGCUGUACUGGUUUUCACACGGAGACUCCCGCCGGAACACCAUGUUCUCUGGCAUCGCAUACCGAGCCGUAAGAACCAUCUUGUUCGAUCCCAGAACUGGUGUGAACUACACCAAUGUACCCAAGUGGCAAGAUGCAGAAACCAUCCGGCGGUGCUUUUGGGCUGGAUGGGUCACCAAUGUCAUCAACUCAGACCAUUACAUUGUUGGCAGCUCUUCCGAUAUCCGAGCGUUGCACUUGCCUCUUCCUAGCACCGAGCAUGCCUACUACGAUGGCGUGGACGAACCAACCGUGACUCUGGCUAGUCCUCCAACCAGCCAUUCCACCACACCAAACGCCAUGGCGGAGACUUUGAGGGUGCUGCAGCUUUGGGGCCGCAUCCGAGACAACAUCGAGACUAGAAGGACAUCCCCAGCCAAGGAACAGCUGACCACAAUAUACGCUCUUCAGAACGAGCUAUCAUCGUGGUACUCCAAUCUUCCGCCGUCGCUCUCUUACUGCAAAAGGAACCUGUACGAGCAGCUGGUUAUGAAGCAACAUACAAUGUUUGCUCUGAUGCAUGCUGUUUACAACCAAUCUCGAUUGGUCCUCCACUCGUCACUGGUCCCUCACUUCAGCGGAGUGGCGUUGUCAGAAGGGGUUCCCAUCGAAGCUGUGAGAGUCAGCGCGGAGAUCGCUCUCAGUUCUGCCCAGUCUUUGUCACAACUCGGAGCCGACCUCCUCGCUCUGGAAUGGGACCCAGCUCAGAUCGCCCCCUUCUUUGGAUACUGCAUGUACUGGGCUCGAGUGCAAAUACUCUACGAGGCACAGAUGUCCAAAGUCAACGGCGAUCAUCCUACAGUCAGGUCUGAUGGUGCUCAAUCUACAGGAUACAGCGAAUUGGACCAUGUCGCGGGCACUCGACGAGACGCCGGCCGUCUUGCUGAGCCCUUGGAAGAUUCGGUCUUGCAAUACGGUCUUCGAAAGCUGAAGCCGAACGUGGAUGUAGACGACGGAUCCCCGACGGCCCAAGAGCUGGAGAACGCACUCAACUCAGAGCCGAUCGCCGAAGUCAUCCAGGAUGGAGUACAGCCCCUGAACUUCUCCAGUGCUCCACAGAGUAUCUCUCCAGUCGCCCCAAUGUACAGCCGAACUCUAGCGGACGAUCUGGCUAUGCUGGCUGCACAGCCCGUCGAUAUGAACCAGCAGCAGCCUAUGAACUUCCUCUGGGCCGACGGAGCAAACGAUUGGUGGCAGCUGGGAUGGGAUGAGUCGGCUCAGGGGGGUCUGCCAUUUGGAGACUUCUUUGGGAUGACCGAUGCGAUGUGA